AUGAAGGCUUUCACCGCAGCAGCGCUCUUUGCUGGCCAUGCAUCGGCUGUCCUCUACAGGAACACCACCACUGCCAACCACACUUGCGCAAUCCAGCCGCAGUAUCUUUCUUGCUCCAGCCGAGCCAAUCCAGCCUAUGCGGAUACUUGCUGUACCGAGACCUUUGGAGGCCUCUUCCUGGCAACCCAGUACUGGGACACCUGGGCCGAUAAGCCGUUGCCCGAGAAUACCUGGACGCUCCAUGGUCUCUGGCCAGACUUCUGGUAAGUCCAUUUCCAGCACCAGAAUCCACACUGCCUGUAGAUUGACCAUCUUCGCAGCAAUGGCUCCUACACGCAGUACUGCGAUUUGAGCCGCCAGUAUGACCCUGCCCCAUCCCCCAAUACAACCAAUGGCCUUCCCAACGGCACCUUCGUCCCACCCUACAACGGCUCCAACAUCGGAACAUUCCUCCUUCCCUUCCAAAAGUACGACCUUCUGGCAUGGAUGAACACCUUCUGGAUCUCGCAGACCGGCCCGAAUGCCGAUUUCUGGGGCCACGAGUUCUCCAAGCACGCCACUUGCUAUUCCACCUUCGAUAUCCCCUGCUACGGGCCCAACUACACCAAGAAUCAAGAGGUGGUGGACUUCUUCGAGACGGCGAUCGCUUACUACAAGCGUUUCCCUACCUACCAGCUGCUCUCGAAGCACGGAAUCCUGCCCAGCAACACGACGGGAUACAGCUUGAGCAAUAUGGAGAAUGUCCUGGCGGCGGAGACGGGUGCGCUUCCCUAUCUGGGUUGCUCGGGUCCAAGGUAUAACGAGACUGCUGCCGGUCGCGCCGCGAACACCACGGACACGGGCCGUACGGUCCUUAGCGAGGUCUGGUACUACUUCCAUGCCUUCGGCCGUCCGCAGGAUCUGCAGUACACUCCUGUCGACCAGACCGGCGUCAGCAGCUGCACCAACGCCACGGCUGGUGUCAUGUACUCCCAGCAAACGCCACAGAACGUCACUGCGAUGCACUAUCCCUUGAUGUAA